ACAGCUCGUCGUGUACAAGAACAUCAUCGAAGCCAUAGAGAACAUCAACAUAGCCGCCAUCUUGGUUCUACAGUUUAUCAAACGAAGUCGUCUUGGGUUGGACGACUUUGCGCAGUUUGUCCGCAGGGAUGCUGCUGCGAUGGAUCAUCUGAGGUCUGCGGAAAACUUCAUGGCGAACCUAGAACUCACCAAAAGUAAAGAGUACGCCAUCUUGAGCAAGUGGCGCCAUCAGCUUUUGACCAACGCCUCGACCGCUGGUAGGGAGGAAGGCCUGGCAGAAUACUACCAAUCGGUGAACAAAUUUAUCCAGAAUAUGCUGGCCCUCCAGGAACACCUGCAGAGGGUAGUUUUCCAAACGGUUGAUCAGGAGAUGCGUGACGCAAGACUCUACCAGACAAUCUCCAUCGUUCUCGUGCUCACGAUCAUCGUCAUCAGUCCGAUCCUGGUCAUCCUGGUUCGGAACGCUACGGACACAAUUCAGGAUUUCUCGAAGGAGCUGGUCACCCGAACACUGGAGCUUCGGUGUGAGAAAAGCAAAUCCGACCGGCUGCUCUACCAGAUGCUUCCUCCGGCGGUUGUUCGGCAACUAAAGCAGCAACGCCAGGUCCCGGCGGAGACCUUUGAAUCGGUUACAAUCUUUUUCAGUGACAUUGUAGGUUUCACGUACAUCUCGGCCGUCAGUACCGCGAUGGAGGUGGUCACCAUGUUGAACACCCUAUACCGUCUGUUCGACACCAUCAUCCUAAAAUACGACGUCUACAAGGUGGAAACGAUCGGCGACGCGUACAUGGUCGUUUCGGGACUUCCGCAGCGAAACGGCGACAAGCACGCCGGAGAGAUUGCGAUGAUGUCCCUGGAUCUACUGUGCGGUAUCUCCGGAUUCAUCAUUCCGCACAUGAAGAACCGAACGCUGGAGAUUCGCGUAGGCGUCAACACGGGACCGUGCGUUGCCGGAGUGGUCGGAACGACCAUGCCACGGUACUGUCUGUUCGGGGACACGAUCAACACCGCGUCCAGGAUGGAAUCCACCGGUGAACCAAUGAAGAUCCACCUCUCGGAGAACACCAAGGAGAUUCUGGACAAGUUGGGCGGGUUCAAGAUCAAGCGCCGCGGCACGAUCGAAGUCAAGGGCAAGGGAACCAUGGAAACGUUCUGGCUGGUGGGUCACACGAUCUACGAGCACCUCUCGCCCGAUACAGUCAUUCCGAUCUACAAACCAGACGUGGUGACCGAGCCGGACUUUCUGCAGAUCAUCUACUGACUAAGCGCCUCCGCCGAUGACCCGUUGAUGGGAGGUCAAGGCUUGGGGUACCACGGAAUAUAGAGAUUUCUUUACUUUUAUUGUGGGGAACUGAAUGGAACGAACUUUGCUGUAAAUUAGAUGGAUGUCUUUUUGAUGUGUGAGUGUGAGUGCUGUAUCACUGAUGAUGAUGAUGAUCCUUUUACAAUGUUUCUGUAGGGAAGCAUAGUGUUGCAUUAGAGGGUCCAAAUUUACCUGUUUCAAGAAACCGUAGAAUGUGUAGUUCCUUGAAUGGCUGUUGUAGUUAUAAAUAGAUGUUUUAUGCUAUGAUGUUUAGAAA